GAAGAGACAAAGGACUAAAGCAGAACUGCACUUGUAUUAUUUUCAAAAAGUCAUUAAUUUUGUAAAAUGGAUGAUUCUGGAGCGGACUGGGGUUGUUUUUCUGAUCUAGAUUAUGUUUAUGAUGAUGAAGCUGGAGAUUUUGAUAAUUUUUGUGAUGGAGAUUCUGUUGGUUCUUUUGAACUGAAAAUAUGUCAAGGUUUUUAUUCUGAUCAAGAAAAAAAUCAAGAAGGUGAUGAUUCUGAAGAUGAAGAUGAUGAUGAUGAUGAUUCUGAAGAUCAAGAUGAUGAUGAUGAUGAUGAUGAUGAAGAAUCAUCAAAUGGGUCGGAGGCAUUGUCAUCGUCUGAUGAAGAAGUGGAAAGAAGUGAGAAAUGGAUACAGCAUUACUCUUCUUCACAGAGGAUUCUCUUGGUUGGAGAAGGAAACUAUUCUUUUGCUGUUUCUUUGGCCAAGGCUUUUCGUUCUGCUCACAACAUUGUGGCCACUUCACUCGAUUCUCUUGGGGAUCUGGGGAAGAAGUACAGUGAUGCAGUUGCGAAUGUGAGGGAGCUAGAGGAGAUGGGAGGACUCGUGCUCUCGGGGCUAGAUGCUACACAGAUGAAGGAUCAUUAUUUUCUCACUACUCAGAGGUUUGAUCGGAUUGUUUAUAACUUCCCACACGUUGGUUUCCGCUUUCCUGAGGCUAAUGGCUGCCAGAUCAAAAUGAACAAAGAUUUGGUGAAAGGGUUUCUGAGGAACGCAAAGGCUCUGUUGAAGAAGGAUUCAGGAGAAAUUCAUGUCACUCACAAGAAUGGCGAUCCCUACGACAAAUGGGACUUGGUGAAAAAAGCGCAGAAGCUAGGCCUGGUAUUACACGAGACCAUGCCCUUUUACCAGCAGAAAUACCCUGGUUACUUAAACAAAAGAGCUCACGGUAGAUUCUCUAAUGACACCUUCGCUUUAGGUGAUUGCACAACUUAUAAGUUCCGGCUUCCCCAGACAUCUUCAUAGUUUGUCUGGACUACGGUACUACUGAAUCAUCGUGUAAUUCUCUAUGGUUUAGCAAUAGUUUCCAGUCACUUGGAGUUUGACUAUGCGGGAAAUCUGCAUUUCCUUAAAAAUUCAUACUGUAAUUCUGUUCUUGUCAACAUAUUUUCAAGUAAUUGAAGACUUUUCAAAGAAACGAAUGUGAAAAUGUAUUGUACAUGUGCUUUCGUGGAAUGUUCUUCAUUCCUUCAGAUUAAGGGGUUUCAUAGCCGUUAUGUUAUUAUCACUGACUUCAUUGUCAUUCGAAUA